AGAAUCUCGGAUUCCCAUAGAGAAUCAUUAUUUUUGAUGGGUUUCCAUAGUAAGUCUGCCAAAAUAAUGAAUUCUCUUAGAGAAUUGUUAUUUUUGACGUGUUCCUAUAGUGGUUCCGCUAAAAUAAUAAUUUCUCUUAAAGAAUCAUCAAAUUUGUUCACUAAAAUAAUGAAUUCUCUUAGAGAAUUGUUAUUUUUGACAGGUUCCCAUAGCGGAGAAUUGUUACUUUUAACCAGUUCCCAUAGCGGGUUUGCCAAAAUAAUAAUUUAUCUUAAAGAAUCGUCAAAUUUGUGGGUCUGGUCUACCAAAAUAAUGAAUUCUCUUAGAGAAUCGUUAUUUUUUCAUGGGUUCCCAUGGAAAAUUCUGAAG